AUUAUGCAGUUUUUCUAAAAAGAGAGAGGAAAAAAGAAAGCACCUUCUUUUAUCCAAAACCCACUGAAAACCCCCAAUCCUUAGACUUGACACAUUCAAUUUCAACGAUGGCCAUCACUACAACCUCCUCAUCUCUCUCUUCCCUCUCCUCACUCUCCCUCAACUCUUCUCCUCACCAUUUCCUCCUCCUCCCUUUCACCACUUCCUUCCCCAAACCCACAAAACCCAUCUCUCUCUUCCUCUCCUCUCCACGACCCACCCUCCCCAUCCCCAAUGCCGAACCACCCCACACCGAAACCACCUUCUUCUCCACCGACGACCCCGAAUGCGACGCCGCCUUCGACCCCCCGGAGCCCCCGGAAGGCUUCGUCCCGCCGCCCUCCUUCGACGACGAGCCGUUGGAGACAGAGGAGCAAAUCGCCAAAGCGUACGAGGAGCUCUACGGGCCGGCCUACAGCGGCGUCAGCGUUCUGGGCAAUGACGUGUACGUGAUGGACUCGAAGGUGAGAAAGUUGGGUGCUUUUGGGAAAGUGAAGAAGGAGAAGAUUCGAGAUGGGUUUGAGGAGAGAGUGGUGGAGGUGAGGAGAGUGACCAAGGUUGUGAAAGGAGGGAAGCAAUUGCAUUUCAGGGUUAUAGUGGUGGUGGGUGACAAGAGAGGUUGUGUGGGUGUGGGUGUGGGCAAGGCUAAGGAGGUUAUUGAUGGGGUUCAGAAGGCUGCUGUCAAUGCUAGGAGGAACAUUGUCACUGUCCCCAUGACCAAGUACUUGACUUUUCCUCAUAGAUCUGAGGGAGAUUAUGGAGCAGCCAAAGUGAUGCUUAGACCUGCUUCUCCUGGUACUGGAGUUAUUGCUGGAGGGUCCGUGAGAAUUGUUCUAGAAAUGGCAGGUGUUGAAAAUGCUCUAGGAAAGCAACUUGGAAGUAAGAAUGCUCUCAACAAUGCCAGAGCCACAGUAGUUGCAGUACAGAAAAUGAGACAGUUCCGUGAAGUCGCACUUGACCGUGGGAUUCCAAUGGAAGAGCUUUGGAAAUGAUAGACUAGCAAAACCUGUAUUGCAUUGUAGAUUUGUUUUACACAUCGGAAUCCUUCUUGUCUUGUAAGAGUAGCCUCUCCCUCUUUUGUUCAUUUGUUUUCCAUCACAAGCUUGAUAUAUGUAUGUAAACUGGGCGUCAUAGCCUUAUCAUGUUUCCUUGGGAUUACAAGAAUUCAAUUUGUCCCCAAUUAUUUGUUAUGAAGCAAGCUUACCAAG